UUCAACAUGUGAUUUUUGUACUCUCACAAGAUCACUGGUAAAAACAUGGAACGAGCACACAAACUUAAAGGUGCACAUGGCCGUCCGAGGCCUAAAAAAUUAUAUGAUGAUUCAGAUGACGAAAGACUGGAUUUGAAAAUUGACAGCAUUAGGGAAAGGUCAAAAACACCAUGUUUUGUUUACGUUUUGACGUUUUUUGCUGCCCUCGGUGGAUUUUUAUUUGGAUACGAUACAAGUGUAGUUUCAGGGGCUAUGAUUUUAUUAAGGAAUGAAUUUGGAUUGACAUCACUGUGGCAGGAGAUGAUUGUUUCCGUAACUGUAGGGGCCGCGGCGCUGUUUGCGAUUGUAGGGGGCGGAUUGAAUGACAGGAUGGGACGCCGAGGAGUAAUCUUAAUUUCGUGUCUUGUUUUUACCACAGCAGCAGUUCUGAUGGGCAUUGCUGUAGACAAGUACAUGUUACUGUCAGGACGAGUUCUUGCUGGAGCUGCUAUAGGUCUUAUGUCUACGACGGUGCCAAUGUAUCUGGCUGAAUGUUCACCUGUCAGUAUCCGAGGAAGGCUUGUCUCUACUAAUAUUGCCAUGGUUGCUUGUGGACAGUUUGUUGCAAGUAUCGUGGAUGGUGUUUUUGGUGCAGAUGAGAAAAAUGGAUGGAGAUGGAAUUACAGUGAGUGGAGUACUGUCACCAGUACUAAUGGUGAUGAAAAGAGAUUUAUUGGUAAUGAGCAAGGACAGAAUCUCCUGAUCUCAUCAUCUACAAUUACACUAUACUGGAAUUAUAUUUCUCUUGACAGAUAG